AUGGCGAUGAUAAGCUUACUUGAAGCCUUUGUACCAUCCCUUUUCUUCCUUGUAUUCCUAUGUUUCUUUCUCCACAAGAAAUCUCCCGGCGGUCCUAUUCUCAAGAGCUGGCCGUUCCUCGGGAUGCUUCCAGGAAUACUCGUCCAAAGCCCUCGUAUCUUCGACUGGACCGUCGAGGUUCUUGAGGCCACAAAUCUGACGUUUUCGUUCAAAGGGCCAUGGUUUAGUGGAUCAGACUUGUUGCUCACGGCUGAUCCAAAGAAUAUCCAUCACAUUCUAAGCAAAAAAUUUGGGGAUUACCCUAAAGGACCUGAGUUCAAGAAGAUCUUUGAUGGUUUGGGAGAUGGAAUCUUAGCUGCUGAUCUGGAGUUGUGGGAGGAUCUAAGGAAGUCAAAUCACGCCUUAUUUCACCAUCAAAAUUUCCAGAAUUUUUUAGUGAGUAGCAAUACAAGUAAGUUAAAGGAAGGUCUUGUUCCUUUUCUUGAUAAUGCUUCUGAGAAGAACAUUAUCAUAGACUUACAAGAUGUGUUGCAGAGGUUCAUGUUUGAUACUUCUUCGCUCCUGAUGACUGGCUAUGAUCCAAUGUCUCUAUCCAUCGAAAUGCCAGAAGUUGAAUUCGGUGGAGCCGAGGAUCUCGGUGAAGGUGCGGAUCUCGGUGAAGAAGCGUUAUUCUAUAGACAUAUUAUACCGGUGAUCUUCUGGAAGCUUCAAAACUGGAUUGGUGUUGGACUUGAGAGGAAGUUGAAAAAUGCUUUUUUCAAGUUCGAUCAAAUGUCUGAGAUGAUCAUAUCUUCAAGAAGAGAGGAGAUACGCCGCGGGAAAAGAGAGGCAUCAAUGGACGCGUUAACGUAUUAUACGAAUGUUGACACGGCCAAGUAUAAGCACUUGCAACCAAGUAAUGAUAAGUUUAUAAGAGAUGUUGUUUUGAGUCUAUUGUUAGCAGGAAGAGACACCACAAGCUCAGUUCUCACUUGGUUCUUCUGGCUUCUCUCUAAGCAUCCUCAAGUUAUGACCAACAUCCGACAUGAGAUCAAGACAAAGUGUGAUCCUACAGAUCUAGAGAAGCUCGUGUAUCUGCAUGCUGCCUUGAACGAAUCAAUGCGACUCUACCCACCAAUUCCCUUUAACCACAAGUCUCCUUCAAAGUCAGAUGUUCUUCCAAGCGGACACAAAGUUGAAGUAGAUGCAAAGAUUGUACUCUCUAUGUACGCAUUGGGGAGGAUGAGAUCGGUAUGGGGAGAAGACGCAUCGGAUUUCAAACCUGAGAGAUGGAUUUUAGAUAAUGGAAGUCUAAGACAUGAACCUUCAUACAAGUUCAUGGCUUUUAGUGCCGGUCCGAGAGCUUGUGUAGGUAAACAUUUGGCUCUCUUGCAGAUGAAGAUGAUAGCUGUGGAGGUCAUUCAAAGUUAUGAUUUUAAGGUCGUCCAAGGUCACAAGAUCGAACCAGUACCUUCUAUCAUUCUCCGUAUGAAACAUGGUCUUCAAUCCGCACAUUUCUUGGCCAUCAAGAAGACAGAUGGAGCUGCUGUCUUGGCUAGGAAGUUUGUGCGAGAGAUUGUGAGGCUGCAUGGAGUGCCAGCUAGUAUUGUGUCAGACCGUGAUCCCAGAUUCACUUCAGAGUUUUGGAGAGCGUUUCAGGCAGAGAUGGGCACUAAGGUGCAUCUGAGUACAGCUUAUCAUCCGCAGACAGAUGGUCAGUCAGAGAGGACUAUUCAGACUUUGGAGGAUUUGCUGAGGAUGUGUGUGUUGGAUUGGGGUGGCCAUUGGGCAGAUCACCUGAGCUUAGUUGAGUUUGCAUACAACAACAGCUUUCAGGCGAGUAUUGGCAUGGCUCCAUUUGAGGCUUUGUAUGGGAGGCCAUGUAGGACACCCCUAUGCUGGACCCAAGUGGGGGAGCGCAGCAUGUAUGGAGCUACUUAUGUUCAGGAGACGACAGAGAAGGUUCGUGUUGUGAGGCUGAACAUGAAGGAGGCUCAGGAUAGGCAGAAGAGUUAUGCAGAUAGACGCAGACGAGAGCUUGAGUUUCAGGUUGGAGAUAGAGUUUAUCUCAAGAUGGCUAUGUUGAGGGGUCCUAACAGAUCCAUAGCAGAGAACAAGCUGAGUCCGCGUUUUAUGGGUCCGUUUCCAGUAGUGGAGCGAGUUGGGCCAUUGGCUUACAGGCUGGAGUUGCCUGAGAUUAUGAAAGCCUUUCACAAGGUUUUUCAUGUGUCGAUGCUGAGGAAGUGUCUUCACCCUACAGAGGAGUUAGUGGCUAGGAUUCCAGAGGAUCUUCAGCCAGAUUUGACAGUGCCGGCAGUGCCUGUGAGGAUUUUAGAGAGGAGGGAAAAGGUUCUGAGGAACAAGAGGAUUCCCUUACUGAGGAUUUUGUGGGAUUGCAGUGGUUCUACAGAGGAGACUUGGGAGCCAGAGGCAAAGAUGAAGUUGAAGUUCAGGAAGUGGUUCGACAAGCAGGUCGAGGAGUGA